UCUUGUGGCUUUUGGAAUUCACGAAACUGUACCGGUAGUAUAGUUUCUAUUCACAAGUUUUUUUCAUUCACAAUUAAUCGAACGUGAAUUACAACGCGUAAAGUUUGAUAUUUACUUAUGUCAAAUGAACAUUGAGCGAUGAUAAUUGCACAGCGUAAAUUUUAAACAGAACAAUACGUAAUAUACAUACUCAAUUGUACAUACGAAAUCUAUUUAUGUACGACAUGAUUGAACAUAAUAUAGCAUGGUGCCCUUGCUGUUUGAUACCAGGAUUCAUGAAAUUUCACCAUCGAAGCUAAUCUUUACUUAAAAAUAUAUCAAGCAAGAUUAUUUUUACACUUUAUAGUACAACAAUUAUACUCAGCCACCUCGAAAGCUUCUGACAUGUGAUCAAAUAAGCCUGUUGCAUUGAGGUUAUGUGUACUCUGUACAUCUUGAACGGUAGAUAUUAAUUUUGAUCGUCAAUGACAGUAAGCUGAAUCUAAUAACGCAAUAAAAUGAGUAAUAAUCUCGAUGAUAUUGACUUGGAUGAUCCAAGAUUCCGCAUCAGACCAUAUCAACAAAUGGUGGCUUCGUGUACUGGAGCAUUAAUCACAUCACUAUUUGUAACACCGCUGGAUGUUGUAAAAAUUCGACUACAGACGCAACAAAAAGCAAUGCUCUCUAACAAAUGCUUUUUGUACUGUAACGGACUCAUGGACCAUCUCUGCCCUUGUCUAGAUGAAAAAAGUCCACCUUGGAUGCGCGCUAAUGGAAAAUUUAAUGGCACGCUGGACGCGCUAACUAAAAUUAGUAGAACCGAAGGUGUAUUAUCACUAUGGAGUGGGUUGAGCCCGACUCUCAUCCUGGCAAUACCAGCAACUAUAGUAUAUUUUGUAUCUUAUGAACAACUGAGGCUAUUUUUCAAGGAUACCUAUAACAGUAGGAUUAAUAGUGGAACUAAUCAUUCGGUGCAACCGUUCUGGAUUCCAAUGUUAGCUGGUGGCACAGCGCGAAUUUGGGCUGCAUCUUUAGUAAGCCCAUUAGAGCUUAUUAGAACAAAGAUGCAAUCGCAAAAACUGAGUUAUAUCGAAAUCGGACAAGCUUUAAAGACCGUUGUUAAAUACAGUGGAUUUUCUGGUUUGUGGAUGGGUCUUGGGUCUACAUUGUUGCGCGAUGUACCGUUCAGUGCUAUUUAUUGGUUAAACUAUGAAACUAUAAAACAACAGUUUCGAGGAACUCAACAAACAUUUACAUUUAAUUUAGCAGCUGGAGCUGUAGCUGGUUCUAUAGCGGCCUUAGUGACUAUUCCAUUUGAUGUUGUUAAAACGCAUAGGCAGAUAGAGAUGGGUGAGAAAGAAAUUUAUUCAGAAAAACCCGGCCGUAGCAGUGACACUCUGUCAAUAAUAAGACGAAUCUAUGCCCAAAAUGGAAUCAGAGGAUUGUUCACAGGACUAACACCUCGGCUGGUAAAAGUUGCCCCAGCUUGCGCUAUUAUGAUAGCAACCUUUGAACAUGGCAAGCGAUUUUUCCUAGCAUACAAUGCAAAGCAAAUACUUCAACUUGAGAAUGACAUACAGUAUUUCAAAGAUAAGUACUAAAAUAUGUCAGAAAAGUAUUAGAUCAUCUAUUUACAUUUACAAUAUUUUAUAUCUCAAUGUAAUAAAAAGAUGCUCUAUCUGC